UCGGCAACUCUUCACCCCCUCCGUCUUGGGCCUUGAUGGCUACCUGUCGGCCAGAGAGAAAAUUCAAAUCCAGUUUACAAACAUGACAGGAAAGUUUCAAGAUCGAAUGAGAGAAGUCUUGGAGUCGGAGAAGAACAACACCAUCUUUACAGAGGAUCUGAAGAAUGCGGCACACUUAGCAGAGGCCAACACCGAUGACAUUGAACUGGUCCUCGAGAUGGCUAAAAAAUUUAACAAGCAAAAUAGUGGUCUUCGCUUUGGAACCUUCGUGUUUGGGCCAGUGGUGAUGAGGAUGCUGCAUCACCUAGACUGUCCAGAUGUAGCUAUUCAAGCUCUGAAAUCAGAAGAACUGGAUGGCUUUUUUGAUCAGUUAGCAUCUUACCAAAUAGUAUUGGAUUUAUUGUACGAGAAAGAGAGGUACGAAGAUGUCAUUGAUGUUUUUAGAGACCUGCAGAAUAAGCGACUACAAGGAACCAAAUUCCCCAAAAAUUGCUUCAUGAUCGUCAUUGCAACAUGUUAUAAGAUGAACAGUCAAGAGAGCUUAAGAACGGUGUUGGAUUUUAUGAAGGAGGCCGAGGAGUCUGGCAUUUCUGUUAACCGCAGAUGUCUCAUCUUCAUAGCAGCUCUUGCCCUAAGGCAAAAUCAUCCGCACAUUAGCCUUGAAUACUUGGCCAAAGCACGGAAUGUCUCCCAUGUUGCUAUCCGUAAUCUGCGAAUUCUGGCCCUGGUGGAGACCUCUCGCGUAGAAGAAACCCUUCCUAUCCUCCGGGGUGUCGUGCAGAUUGAUAUCCCAGACAACAGCAAGCCCGGAAAGAAAUCAUACAUACUCAGGGAAACGAUUGAAGCUGUAGAGGCAGCAGUGCAGAAAACCAGUGAUAAAGAACUUAUUGCAGAAUUUAAACACCUACUCAGGAGUUUAGAGGAAAAUCAUCAUAUAACAGAAAAUAGCUUAGACAGAUACAUAACUGAACCCAUUGAUGUCUUUAAAUCAAAUGAGAAACAGGAUAAGGCAAUGCUUGCAGCAUCCUUUUACAGAAAUAGCAAGACCAAGAGACACCCGCAGAAGUACGCUCAGAAUAGAAAAGGACUGAUGGAGAGAGAAUGAAAAUUUCAGAAUGCAGCUUGAACAGUGACAGAUAUUUAGUUUGUAAAAAGGAGUGCAUCAGGUAAACACUUAUUUGCAUACUUUAUACAAUGUACAACACUGCCUGUAUGUAUGUCUCUGGAUAAACGUCAUGGUGAUAAAUUGGUGAAUGUUCGAAUGAGAAAGAGAGUUAAGGCACAGUUUGCCAAUUUGAUGUAUUGUCAGUAAAACAAAAUAUUAAAUUGGUUCAAUGUGGUAUGACUUGUUCAUUCUUAUUCCACUCUUUGUAUCUUACCCUGUUUUUUUCACCGUGCAAUAAUAAUGUAAAUAAUGUAGUAUAUUGUAAUAUCCUUAUUGUUGAAAAUGUUAAUACAAUCCCAAAAUUUCAAUAAAGAAUGAAAGGUCA